GCCGAGGCUCGAUGCCGGCCGAUGCCACCAUCCAUGCCAAGGAUCUUCCAGCGGCGCAAACCACCGACACGGCCGGUGACGGUGUGGUGGACGCCAUCAUUUGCCCGCCCCUUCCCGCCGGCAACAGUAUCAUCGGCCACCAGCCGCCACCGUACAACAUUCAGCGCCGUGGAUCGGUGCCGUGCGAGGGCAGCAACAACAACAACGUGGCGUUGCGCAGCAGCUUCUCCAUCAAGCGGCGCAGCACGAAGAAAGCCAUCCGGCGCCGCUCGUCGGGUGGGCCGGAAAUUCUCAGCCCCAUCCUGUCCGAGGACUCCGGGGCCGGCAGCUCGUCGGCGGCCUCAUCCGCCUGGUAUCGAAUCAAGCGCGGCGAUGCCGGUCAUCGGCGCAGCGAUAACGAGAACCUGCUGUCCCGGCGGCGAGGCUCGCUCCCCGUCGAAGUGCUGGCGAUCGGUUACUCCGGAACUCUUCGUCACUAGAACGCGAAUUUUGAAGGAAGUCCUGCACUACUGCUACGCACACACCGUGCACACUGGUGGGCCUCGAUUGCAACCAACCAACCGAUUCCCCCUCGGUGAAGAAGAACGACUCCUUAUGAAACGGGCUAAGAACCAAAUCACUGUUAAUGGGAUGAUGGAUUUCUGUUGUCUGCGUGAACCCUCGUCGUUUUUGCUCAUUCCUACCACCGAUGCUUCCCGCCAAUCGUCGAAAACUGUUGAAGCACACGAUAAGUAAAUCACUACAAACAAGCCACCGACAAACACCGGUGUGUGGAACCGUUGUUUCGGGAUUUUUACCUAAAUAACGAUCACCUUUUCUACAACCACUCUUCGCGAUCUUCGUGGCCGCAAGCAGGGUUUCUAUCCCGAGCGGAAGAAACCGUAAGUGCAGAAGAGAGCAAGAAACAAAAACAAAGUAAAGCUUAAGACGAACGAAGGGGUGCAGGCUGAACAGAUAGGAAGUAGUAGUGUUCGAGAAAUCUGGCUGGUUCCAGUCGAAGAAAGGAAAGGUAGAAGUAUUAAUAAGCGUGGGUUAAAGGAGCACACGAAUGGCACCAAACAAAACAGAGAACCCAUUCCGCAAACGGAAGACAACACACAAAAAACACUAAAACCAACACACAACCAUUAAAUAGGCAGCCACAGUAUCGGCAACAAAAAACAGUUGACAAGGGAAUUCGGAAGCAGACAACUGUGUUCGUAGCAGACUGGCGAUUGCUGUGGCGAAAUGAUCGGGAAAGGUCGGCAAAUUUGCAUAAGAAUUGAAGAAAAUCGAAAGCACCCAGCAGUUAAUAAACAAAUAGGACAAACGAUAGGCGUUAUUAGAACGGUAAGAAAGCAGAAAGCAACAUGUUUUUUUCCACCAAUAACCUGAUCGUGCUGCGCGAUCGAUUAUCUCGGCGAAACUCGUUCAGAUUGCUUUUGGUCCGAUGCUACACAUCCGCACGAUCCGCCGACGUUAUUUAUUACGUUAACUUUGUAAGGUUUACAGCUAUUUAAACAUUUGUUCCAUUCAAUUUCAUUGCCUUUCAACGUUUCCCCAUCCCGCCAAUCGGGAGUCGACGAGUGUCGACACUGACCACUCUGUCUCUGGCACCAUGCGUUCUCUCAGCGGAAGCUCUUGGCCGCAUAUCUUCUCCCACAUUUGCCCCACAAAACAGGUCGCGUAUAUGAGGUGUCGAGUUGCAUAAAUGUUUACACUGUUCAAACGGAUACGGCGCUGUAAGUGAAACAGAUAAAACAUAGAAGCGGAAGAAAACAAUAGAAUGUUAAUAUGAUUCCCCAUUCAGCAACCACAACCAUUUGUAAUAGUAGCAAACAAAUAGCCAAGUUCCAUGUGCCGUACCGAAAGUGGUGCGUAAAGGAGCAGCCAGGAAUCAGAAACUACAAACCACACAUAAUAAGCAGAGCGGCUAGAGCGUUAAACGUCUUCGUAUGGUAACUGUUUUAGAUGUACUUUUCUCAUCUCCCUCCCAUGUGUCGUCUGUCCGGCAGCGGUCCCGAUCCGGCAUCGGGUUGCCUACGCAUGGCCACGUGCCCCCGCCGUCCUCUCACUUUUUCUCUCUCUCUCUCUAGCAUUAGCGAUUGGAUUCGGAUCGAUUCUGAUCUUUCAUCCCGUCGUUUUUAAGCCUUUUUCUAGUGCACCAGUCCUGGUUAAGGUUGUUUGACCGUGGAAAUUCCAAACAGAGUGACCCCAGUAGUAGUGGACGGU